UUAAACCCUCUCAAAAAUCAACUUUUUUCCUAGGGUUUUGAUUUUCUUUCUCUUCUUUUUUCUCGGGAAAAUCCAUGUUAUGCUACCGUGACCUAGGGUUCGUGUUCGUCUGCAGAUCGGUUUUGGGCUUCAUUGACAGAACGAUUUCCGCAGCCAUGGGAUGCUUCAUUGGAUGCUUCAGAGUCAGGGACGAUCGCCACCACAGAAAUCGCUCGCAACCUCACCUCGUUGUUGAAUCUUCUCAGCCCAAGCUAACGGGGGUCGUAAUUUCUCAAAAUCGUUUGUCGUCUCUGUUUCUCUCCGAAGAUAAAGAAGAAUCUCCUUCCAAGGAUAUGGGCAAUGCUUCUGUUGGUUCUCCAGAAAUUGAUAAGCAGCUAAAGAAAGAGGCCAAGUUUCUUAAAGCAUGUGGUACCUUGGUGGAAACUCCUAUUGAAAUUCGCAAAGUAUCUGCCAAGUUGAGAAGUUCACCCCUUCAUGGUGGAGAUUCUGGAUCUUCAAGAUUCCAUUCGUGGCUUCCUGAUACAUCGGCUGAGAAACUUCAGUUGGACAAUCAAAUUGAUCAACCUCCUACACCCAUUAAACCCUGCGAAGAAAGGGUUAUGCUUUCAGCCUCUUUGGAGAAUACACCCAGCAGUGGCCGUACUUCAAAUAUACAGAACAUGAGAAGAGUUUCUAUCAGCUCUACUGAAGGUAGUGGAACUGGUAGCACUUCCACAGCAGCCAAAGUUCAUGCGUCUGACUCACCUCAGCUAUUAGCCACAAACGCUCAAUGUAAGGGCAAAUCUGUACGUUUUGAAUGUGACUCAGACUUGUCUUCCUCUCGGGGCUCGUCAUCUGAAAACUAUAGUCAAAAUUUAAAGAAAGCUGAGUCACCAGGUAAUCAAAGCGUAUUGAAGCCGUCACCUUAUCCAACCCCACACAAGCUUUCUGAUGAGAUACAAACGCCUGGAACUGUUUUCCCUGCACACUUGGAUAAUUUUUCAAAUGGAAAAACUCGAAUCAGGUCACAAUAUGUAUAUCCAGUCUUGAACCCAGUUGAAAGUGUCUCACAAUGGAAUGUACUGAAGGAAGAAGAUUCCAACUCCCAGCAACUUUCAAGUGAGCUAAGAGAAUCUCUUGACCAGCCUAAAAUUGAAAAAGAGAGGUCAAAAGAAGUGCCCUUAGAGGUAAAGGUGGAAGCUAGUUUGUCUAGUUGGUUGAAGCCGGUACCUCAUACUCAGGAUGGCAAUAAUCAGAAAUUUGUGGGUGUUUCUGAUCGUCCUCGAGUUGCUAAGACCCCUAUGGACAGACCUAUUAUUGGUAUGGUUGCUGCUCAUUGGAAUGAGGAAGAACCCUCUCGUAUAUCACCUAAGUGGUGGGAUGGGAAUGGAAUUCCUAACUCAACCAAUAAGUACAAGGAGGAUCAGAAGGUGAGUUGGCACGCAACACCGUUCGAGGAGAGGUUAGAAAAGGCAUUGUCGGAAGAAAGUUUCGUCUCUCAGAGGAAACCUAUCUCGGGACCGCCCAUAAUGUUUGAUGAGAAUGAGGAAAGUGACACUGCCCUUUCACAGUUGCACUCUUCACCGCAUCCGAAGUCUCUAGUUUCAUGCUGAUGGGUUUUUUCUAUUAUGUGGGAUUGUUAUACAUGUGCUAUGAAAAAAAAAAAAAAAAAAAAAGGUUCUCCAAAAUGUAAACCUCGUGGAUUGUGGUGAUUGGUUUGCAUCAAGGCAUUGAGAGUUUGAGGUGUUACUGCAAAUUUUGUUUGACACUAGCCAUAGCAGACGCAUGUGAAGAUGCUUUUGUGUACAUAAGUGAUUUGAGAGUCC